GGCUUUGCCUAAUGGAUGUGGAGAACAAAACAUGAUCUCAUUUCGCUCCCGAUGUUUUAGUGAUUAACUACCUUCAGCGCACAAACACUUACACUCCGGCCCUGGGGGAGCAAGCACAGAAGUUCAUGUUGACAGGCUACCAAAAGGAACUUACCUUCCAACGUCUGGAUGGGUCAUUUAGUACCUGGGGACAGAAUGACCGUUCUGGUAGCAUGUGGUUGACUGCAUUCGUAACAAAGUGCUUCGUUCAUGCAAUGGCACUGAAAGAUAAUGUUAUCACCAUUGACCCCAAGGUAGUCAGAUCUUCUUUAAAGUGGAUUAUAACUCAGCAAACAAUUGACGGCUCGUUUCCAGAGCCAGGAAAAGUCGUCGACAAAAAAAUGCAGAGUGGGUCUGCAAAGGGCGAGGCAAUGACGGCUUUUGUGCUCAUCUCCCUGGCUGAGGCCAGCAAUAAAUUUAAGGAUCUGGAUCCUGGAGAGCAGCAAGGCUUGCAGAAUUCUAUCUUCAGAGCUCGUGAUUUCUUAGAAGCACGAUUGAAUGCACUAACUGACCCCUAUGACCUCGCCAUUGUGACGUAUGCACUGCACCUAGCUCGCAGUGGCAGCAAGGGCCUCGCUUUCCAACGCUUACAACAAAGAGCGAUAACAAAUAAUUACACAAAGCAUUGGGAAAGGGAUCCUGCGACAGCCGCUCUAAAUAUAGAAAUGACGUCAUAUAACCUCCUGACCUACAUUUUGCGAGAGGACGUGGAGGGCGCCAUGCCUAUUCUACGUUGGCUGAUGGAACUGCAGGGUCCUAAAGGUGGCUUCAUAUCUACCCAGGACACAGUUGUCGGCCUCCAGGCUUUGGCGGAAAUGGCUGUUGCAAACCACAAUCCAGUUGCCGUUCCUUUAACAGUCACAGUCAGCUGGAACUCAGGAGGACAGGCAUUCAAGAAGGACUUGAGCAUCGAUGACUCCACAAAGAUGUUACUUCAAACCGUAGACGUGACCAUUGUGAGCAGCAACAUUCCACCUGUAGUGCAAAUUUCAGCUUCUACUAGCGGUACUUUUACUGGAUUCCCAGAGGCAAAAGUUGUCAUGCAAUACAACAUUAACGACUCUACAACCUCCGAGAUCUUCCAGAUUACCUACCGGGUUGUCAAAGCCAGUGUUAAGAUUUUCACUGUAGUCGUACAAGCUAAGCGUGUGGAUGGCAAGCAGGGAGGCAUGACUCUUCUGGAAGUGGGCAUCCCUACUGGCUUUUCUGUUGACCUCACUCAUCCCAGCUAUUCCGUGCCUAACUCCAAGCUGCAGGAACAAGGUCACAGGAAGUACAUCUUGUAUUAUGACGAAGUGAACGCCAGAGGAGUGCGAGCCUUCAUUGCCCAUGUCUGUGUCUCAAGGAAUCCCCGUUAACACCCAGCCCGUUCCUAUCAAAAUCUACGAUUACUACGAACCAGGUGGCAAGCAGCAGCUAACUGUAUACUACCAACUGUCGCAGAAGAAGGUCUUUGUCUGUGACUCCGUUGCAAAGUACAAAGAUUGCUCGUCUGGCAGCCUUCCAGGAUAAUAAUCAUUGGGAUUCGUAAAAAUCAUCUAAAAAUAGAGAGGAUUUUCAAUGCUCUUUUAAAACUGUUGUGUACCUAAAUUAGAUUACUAUUGUUGUUGUUUGUAGAAGACUUGCCUAUCAAUACGAUUUUCUGCAGGAGUUCCUUAUUCAAACACGUGACUACAUAGCUAUGUACUAAACUAGUGAGAAUGAUGACGAUCAGUUUUAGGAAGACUUGACUAGCAGUUUGCUGGAAGAUUGAGCUAUUGCGACUGUAACAUAUCAUCAUCAUAAACUCAAUAAAGAGAUGAUAUGAGGGUUGAAAACAAACGUUUCAGUUCAGUGAGAAGGACGGUUUACAAAAGCAUGGUUUUAUUUUGUCUUCAUCGUUUAAAUAAGUGAGUGUAGAGAAAAGGGGUUAAAGAACCAUAUAGUGCAAGUUGAAAACUAGAUACCAAGUAAUUUUGAACUCUUAUGAAUAUAACUUUCUUGAGAACAUUACAUGAGGUACGUAGACUAUAAAAUAAAAGUUACCAAUCAUCAGCCCCACAUACUAGUAUGCCAUUAACAAAUACAUCUCUGGUAUCUAAAGCAAACUAUCUUCAGCACGAUUAAAGGAAAGCUUUCAUCAU